AUGAGCUCGUUCUCCCACACAGGCCCACACAUUGUCCGUCUCGACGGCCAUAUAUCACCAGUGCCUCAUUUUCCCCCAACCUUCACCCACACAUACACCUCCUACGAUCGCACACCACCAGACACCCAAACUAUAAUUUCUCGUCUGGCUGACGCCAAUGUAGCUAUUACUACUCGAGUGCCCAUCUCGGCAGAGACAAUCGCAAUCUGUGCCAAGAGGAAGCUGAAACUGAUCGCUGUGCAUGCUAUUGGCUAUGAUAUGGUCGAUUUGAAGGCGUGUAAAGAGCAUGGCAUCAAGGUUUGCAAUGUGCCGGCAGCGAGUAAUGAGGCUGUGGCGGAGCAUGCCAUUGCCUUGUUUUUUGCUGUUAGAAGGAGAGUUGUCGACAUGCACAACCUCGUUAUCAACACUAAUGAGUGGGCCGAGAAAGGGAGCCUAGCUUCACACUUUGAUGGGGUGCCGGUAACAUGCAGACAGGAAGUCGUGGGCAUCAUUGGAGUCGGGGAAUUAGGUAACCGCGUGGCCAAUAUCUUCCGCUCCCUCAAUAGCACUGUCCUUCUCUCCGAACGCCCCUCCUGUCCACCAGCCUCCACUCGCCCAGGCCGUACUCCAUUCGUCACCGUCCUCGCGGAGUCUACCGUUAUAAUUAUCACCGUCCCACUCGCACCCACGACCCUCAAUUUAAUCUCCACCACCGAACUGUCUCUCAUGAAACCUGACGCCGUCCUUAUAAACGUCGCUCGCGGUGGCAUCGUUGACGAAGUAGCUCUAGUCAAAGCAUUAUGGAACAGGAAGAUCGCGGCCGCGGCAACAGAUGUAUUUGUUGAGGAGCCGGCGGUGAGUGAGAAUAGUGUGCUUAUUAAGGCAGCGAAGGAGGAUGCGUUGAAGGGAAGACUGGUGUUGAGUCCGCAUUUGGCAUGGUUUGCUAGGAGUAGCGUCGAAAAGUUGCGAGUGACAACGGCGACAAAUAUAGAAGUUUGGGCAAGGGGCGGGGAUGAAGGGUGGAAUAUGGUAGACUUGGAGUAG